AUGAAAAAAUUAGUACCUUUGGCUUUAUUUACUAGCUACAAUAAAGGGUUUAUCAAAAAUGUGAAACUAUAAAUUCUUAAUGGAGCUUAAGACGAUUAUUAAUGCUUUUAGGUUGAAAAGGGUCAUUACUUGAAUUAAUUUUUAAACAAUAUUGAAUAGUUUACCGCAAACGUUAUAGAGACACUUAAAGAUUGUAAAUCUAAAUAGAUGAAGGCUAUUUGGAUUCAAUUGGAUUAAACUUAAUUAGCUCUAGCUGAGAAAUUGAUUGAAUAAGGUUUUUAAAUGCAUCAUUGCACAGAAAAUUAUCUAUUAUUUUCACAAUGGAUUAUUGAAAAUGAAAAAAGCAGAUUACCAAAUUAUACCACUCAUUCAAUUGGUGCUGGAGGUCUAAUUGUCAAUAACAAUUAAAUAUUAUUAGUGCAAGAGAAGAAUGGAAAAAAAGAAGGUUUGUGGGGUAUUCCAGGAGGAUUGGUUGAUGAUGGAGAACUAGUUGCAGAAGCAGCUACGAGGGAAGUAAAGGAAGAAACAGGUUUGGAGGUUGAACCAUAUGAUUGUUUUUUCUUUAGAGAUUUGCCAAUUGCUAAUGACUAUCAAGGUGAUAUCUAUUUUGUAAUCUUCAUGAGAUUGAAGAAUUAAUAAUAAAAUGUGUAGAUUUAGGAAUAAGAAAUAAAAAAUUAUAAAUGGGUUGAAAUUAAUAAACUCUAAGAAUUUUUAUUACAGAACAAAUUCGGAAUUACUUAAUAAAAAUUAAUGGAAUCUAUCAUCCAGUAUUCGAAUUCUAAUAGAUUUGGUACACAACUUUUUACUAUGGAUAUGAAACCGAGAGUAAUGUAUGGGAAGGAGAAAAAAUAUUGUUUAUUUAAGCCUAAUUUAUGA